UUUGUAUGCGGCCCGUUACAUCGACCUGGGACUGGUUUAGAGAAAUGUUCACAGUUCACCCCACUGUUGGUAACGGGCCCACACAAGGCCCAUACCGACACUGGCCGUGGCAAUCGAAGGACCCGCACAAGACUUUCUCACUUUCUUCAAACCAACAAAAUGAAACACUGGUUGUUGAGCGUAUGUGCGCUAACGGUGGUGGCAUCCUCCAUAGCACAACAAUUCAGUUCAGCGCAGCAGCAAUUCAUCAACCGAUACGACAACUUCAAUGCCGACUCCAUCAUACAGAACGACAGGAUCUUACUCGCAUACUACAAAUGCGUCAUGGAAAAGGGCCCUUGCACUAAGGACGGCAAGAAUUUCAAACGUGUACUGCCUGAAACGUUGCAAACGGCUUGCGGACGGUGCUCUCCCAAACAGAAAAUGGUUGUACGCAAGAUGCUACUCGGCAUUAGGGCGAAGAGCGAGCCCCGCUUCACUGAACUCCUAGAGAAAUACGACCCUACACAAAUCAAUCGAGAGGCCCUCUACGCAUUUUUAGUUACGGGAAAUUAUUUACACAUAAUUGAGAACUGCAAACUGAAAAUGAAGUUAAUCAUACUGGUCCUGUGUGUUGCCGCUUUGGCUUUGGCUGAAGAUAAAUACGAUUCUUUAGAUGAUAUAGAUCUCGGCGAAGUGCUGGGUAAUGACAGGCUGUUAGUUUCAUAUUCUAAAUGUCUGUUGAACAAAGGACCUUGUACUCCAGAAGUUAAGAAACUCAAAGAAAAAAUGCCUGAAGUCUUGGAAACACAAUGCGCAAAAUGUACAGAUAAGCAAAAACAGAUGGGAAAACAAUUGAUUAGUAUACUUUCAAGAGUUUUUAUCUCCGCCCUGGCAAUAUCAUUGGUGGCAGCAGAAUUCUACAGUUCAAGAUACGAUGAUUUUGAUAUCAAACCACUUCUUGAAAAUGACAGAAUUCUUCUGAGUUACACUAAAUGUUUUCUUGAACAAGGACCGUGCACAGCUAAAGCUAAAGAUUUUAAAAAAGCAAUACCAGAGGCUGUAGAAACUACAUGUGGAAAAUGCACACCAAAACAGAAACAGUUGAUCCGUAAAGUGAUUAAAGCUGUGAUGGACAAGCACCCUAAAGCUUGGCAGCAACUCGUAGACAAAUAUGAUAAGGAUAACAAAUAUAGAGACACAUUUAAUGCCUUUAUAGAGGAAAAUGAAAAUAUUGAAGACUGAUAUUUCUUGUUUCAUUUUACUAAAACUAAAAGAGAUAGAGUUAAUAAAAUAAAAUUUAACGUUAAAUUUUUAAAUAUCGAAUUUAUUAAUCAUAUUAACAGUUGCAAUCUUAGAUUAUACAAACGUUGACACAUUAAAAUUUUGCUUUGGUACCAAUGACUGACAUUA